AUUCAUAUACGCUUCAUUUGAGGACUGGCCGUCGCCUUCGCCGUCAGCCGGCGCCGCGCCCUCGCUAUCGAGAGCAGUACAAACGAAUCGCGCGCCGCGUACAUCCACCACAUUGUUUACUCACAUACGAAUCGUACCGGCAUGUUGAGCAUCCCCCGCAAACACUCAAUUAAAGAUCGAUAAUAUCGUCGUAUAGAUAUUUAUAGCAGUGCGGACGUGCAUUAUAAGAAGAAAUAUGUCGUUAAGUGUGAUAUUGUUAUUGAUAGUAAUAGUUUUAAUUUUAUUAUUAACCGUUUUUCAUUAUACCACAAGUGGAAGGAAAUAUUGGUUAUUGAAGAGAGUGCCAUAUAGAGAACCAUGUCCGAUAUUCGGAAACUUUGGACCGAUGUUCAUGAUGAGGCGGAGUUAUACAAAAAUGUUGCAGUUUUUUUAUGACAAAUAUAACAAUGAAAAGUAUGUCGGAAUAUUUCAAGCUCGUAGACCGACGCUAAUGGUAAUAGAUCUGGAUAUAGCGAAACAUAUAUUUUCUACGGACUUUCCUUGCUUCAGCGACCGUGUGUCUGUAUCUACCGAUACACGGCGAGAGCCACUGCUACGUAACCUGGCCAACAUGAGUGGCGCAGACUGGAAAGCGAUGCGACAAAUCGUCACACCUACCUUCUCUUCGGCAAAGAUGAAAGCGAUGUUUCCAUUAGUCGCCGAUUGCGCUCAAACAUUAAAGCAAGUGCUUCAAGAGGGAUCAUUAGACGAAGUGAAUGUGCACGACUUAAUGACGCGCUAUACGACAGACGUUAUCGGUAGCUGUGCAUUUGGUGUAGAUCCAGAAUCAUUAAAAAACUCUGAGUCUCCUUUCUUCAAGAUGGCGAAUAAAAUGCUAAAACCAAAUCGUUCUACAAUAUUAAAAAGAUAUUGUCGUACUUUUUCCCCGAGACUGUUUAAACUCUUAAAUUUGAGAACAUACUCGGCCGAUGUCGAAACUUUCUUUACAUCUAUUAUUAAUCAAGUUUUAACUGAGAGAAGGAAAACUGGUGUACAAAGAAAAGACUUUCUUCAGCUCAUGUUGAAUGUACAAAAGUCAGAAAAUGGUUUUCCAAUGACUGAUGCGUUGAUAACGUCUAAUUCAUUUAUAUUCAUGUUAGCCGGUCUAGAAUCAUCUGCAACUACUUUGUCAUUCUGUUUGUAUGAAUUGGCCAAGGCCGUUGAUAUACAGAAUAGUGUAAGGCAGGAGAUUUUGGAAUGUUUGGAACGACAUGGAGGUUUAAAUUAUGAAGCUGUUAGUGCCAUGCGAUUGACUACGCAGGUGGUACAGGAGACAUUACGGCUGCAUCCCCCGACACCGCUAACAACGCGUCUUUGUACCGCCCCCUGUACACUCACUGGGACUGAUUUAAAAAUAAAAGUGAAGGACCCAGUUCUCAUUCCGCUUCACUGUAUUCAAAGAGAUUCAAAAUAUUUUCCGGAUCCGGACAAGUUUGAUCCGGAACGUUUCAAUGAGGAUUUGAAUCCACCAGGGUUUAUGGCUUUCGGCGAUGGACCUAGGAGUUGCCCAGGUGUUCGUUUUGCCCAGUUAAUAGCGUUGGCUGGUUUGGCAACUAUACUGUCUAAUUACAUCGUGGAGCCGUGCGCUCGUACUACGCCACAUAUUCAUUAUGAUCCUCGCAGUGUGAUGUUGAAGAAUAAAGGCGGCAUAUGGCUUAAAUUCAAACCUCAAAAAUAACUAUAAAUAAUAAUACCUAAUAAUAACUAUUUCACAUAUUGCACAAUGUACUUAUAUAAUAACUAAUUGAAUUUGGGCCAUAAAAUAGUGGAAUGUUCUUGAUAUAUAUCUAUCUGCUAUUGUUUUGUAUAUCAAUAUAUUAUGUAUUUAUAAUUAAUAAAAGUAAUCUAAAUCUAGACGAGUAGUUUAGAAUAUUUACCCGAGAUUUUGUUUACUCGAAUCAUUUGUGUAUAAUUUGUACUUAUUCUAAAAAUAUUAUAACCAGUCAAAUGUCAUCGUAUUGAGAUAAAACAUACGAUUGCUUUUAUGAUAACAAAAACAGGGGGAAUAUAAAUUAAUGAUAUAGAGUUGUAAUUUUAAAUUAGUGAAAGCUUGGGUUUUGCCACAAUGCAUCAUUCAUAUUUUUCCUUAUUCAUCGAACGUAUGUUUUGUUUUUAUAAUUUCUAUUUUCAACUUCCAUAUAUCUAUGUUAACUACUCGUAUAGCUACUCAUUACUAUAUGCUACGAAAAAUACCUUUUAAUGAAAAUAAAUUUAUUUACUUUAAACAGGUUUUAUUUCUUGGCCAUUAUAGAUGGGCAUUGAUAAAGGGUUCCUUUUACAGUUUCGUAAAAUCAUUGAGAACAAUGCCAUUAUAAAAGAUUUGUUUAUGUAUUAUUUGUAUAAUGAUUGCUGACCUGAGUUAUAUUGUUGACAGUUAAUAGCUUAUUAAGCCGUUAUAUGUUAUAUACGUGAGCUGGUGCGAGUUGAUGAUUAGUAUUUAGUAGGCAGUAGUAGACAUAUUAAUAUUUUCGGAAGGCAUUGUCUAUUUGAUGGCAUUUUAGCGAUAAUUACCAAUUAAGAAUAAUUAUUCUUUAUACGACGACAAUAAUAAUCGAGUAUACAACAAUAAUAAUCGAGUAUACAACAAUAAUAAUACAAAUAAUAUCAAACAAUGUUGUAAAGUGAUGAAGCCAUUAUAAAUUUUAUAUUUUAGUUUCUUUUAUUAAUGAACAGUAUUAAUAUAUUAAAAAUAUUUGACAUCCUAUGAAUGAAUAAAUUUUAUUUUACAUAAAUAUCUUGUUUUUUUUUAUGGUCGGUAUUCAUAGUAUACUUUAUUUUUUUCUAUUAAUAUAUUUUGUACUUAAAGUUAUUUGUUUAAUUUUUUUAUACAACCUAGCUAUGUAUACUAAUAGAUAUUUUAUUUAAUAUUUAAACAAUAAUUUAAAACGAGUCUCGUCAUAAUUCUUGUUUCUCAAUACGAUUACAGUAGUAGAUUUUAAUUAAUAUUUUAGUCCUAAAUGUAUUUAAUUUAACGUUAUGAAUAUGGUUAUACAUAAUCUCGAAUUGUUAUUUCUGCUAAUAAAUAUUCCUGGAAAUGAG